GGCGAGCGUUCGUUUAUUUGUCAAGCAGGCGCUCGCGCUGCAGCGCAAGUUCGGCCGCUACUAAUUACUAAGUACUAGAACUUCUCUCUCUUUCUCGCACAUCGAGCGCUGAGCGGCAGGAUCCCUCCGCGGGCGCCGCCGAGUACGACGCGUGACGCCCGAAGUCCGCGCCCCCCAGGAUACCGUUGCGGUAAUCUGAGGGCCGCUCGGUCUGCCGUUGGCUGUGACGCGAGCGGUGUUAGUGAUCAUCGAGCACUUUAUGUAGACUCAGCACGCCGACGGCGUACAGAUCAGGCGACUCGACACCGUCGAAGAGCCAACAGCCGGCGCGGCGUCACCAUCUGCACGUGGCCAUCCGAUGCCGAAGCAGUGGGCAAAAAGCGUGGUAGGUCACACAGCAGCGCGACGCGUCCGUUGUAGUGCCGUGUCACGCUGGGCGCGACGCGGCUUUAAGCGACGAAACCAUGGCUUUGCCCGGAGCCGUGGCGCAGGCGAUACGUCGCGGCAGAGCUGACACCGUCAGGCGCCCGCCAGCCGGAGCGCGGCGAGCGGAAGCGUGGCCGCUUCGUGAGCUGCGUCGUGUGGGUUUUUUUUCGACGCCGACGAGCUGUCGUCCGUGGCCAAUCUUUCUGUGCCGCGCGAGCUUAGCGCCCGAACACAGCCCUGUUGCAAGUAGCGCUGGCUGCCUGACCGCCGGCACCGCGUCGUGCGCCAGCCGUUCAGCGUCCAGCGUCCAGCGACCGAACGCACUGAUACAACGCAUCACUCUGGCCAGCGAUGCGGUCGUGCAGGCUGCCUCAGCGGCUGUGCGCCUCGAUUUUUGCCCUGCUUGCUAG